CAGUCGGAGCUUUCCGUGCGGGUCUUUAUUGUUAUCGUUAUCGCUACCGCAUUUGUAUUCCUCUUGUUUGAGUUAUUCAAACCUCUGAGCACAACCGAUAUACCUCCAAUAAAAGAGGCUUUUGACGUUAAGAAAAACUACUUGUCCACUGCAUCAAACAAUGGAUGGAAAAUAUUAUGGCACAAUAUGCCUUCAUAUUUAGUGAAUAGUUUUAAUUAUGCUAAAUCGAAAAAAUGUAGGAAACAUCCUAAUUGUCACCUUUCAUCAGAUGCAAAAGAUCUACAAAGAAGUGACGUUGUAAUAUUUACACAGUCUUAUAUGGGUGGUAAUCCGCCACCUAAACAGCCUCAGCAGAUAUUUAUUUUCAACUCUAUGGAGAGUCCAGCAUAUAUGGGACGACCUUCACCAAAGUGGGAUGACAAAUUAGACUGGCUAAUGUCGUAUCGUAGAAACUCAGAUAUAUACAGACCGUAUGGAACUUUGCUCAAACGAACCACGCCAUUGGUGAAGAACUACACAGAAGUGUUUAAGAAGAAGAAACAAUUUGGUGUUUGGAUGUCUGGACAUUGCCCCGUGCCAUCUCGUCGUAGGGAUUACAUAAAAGAAUUGAAGAAGUAUAUAAAAAUCGAUAUGUUUGGUUCUUGUGGUGAUCGGGUUUGUCUCAAUAGAUCUCCAUAUAUUAGCGAGUGUUUGAGAAACUUUUCUAGGGAUUACAAGUUCUAUUUUGCAUUUGAAAACAAUAUAUGCGAAGACUAUACGACAGAAAAAUUAUACAAUUUAUUUUUGGGCAAUUUUGAUGUGAUACCUGUCAUAAAUGGGCCACAAACAGCAAAGGAAUAUUUACCGAAAGGGUCGUUUAUAAGCGCUUUGGAUUUUCACUCACCUAUGGCUUUGGCAGAAAAACUUAAAGAAAUUGCAGCCAGUGAGAAGAUUUUUUCGCAAUACCUUAGAGAAAAGGACAAAUUUUAUGAAAUUGGUAUUAACGAAGUAUUUUUAAAUUCGAUGUGCAAGAUAUGUGACAUUUUGGAUAAAACAAAUGGAAAACCUGAACGACCGAAAAGAACGAUUUGGGAACGCUUCUUUUCUAAAGGAGGAUGCUGAUUAAUUUUGAAUGUCAUUAAUGUUUCUAUAGCAAAUAAAAGAUGACUAAAUGGGAUACUAGUGACCCUUCAUAGGUACAACACCUACAAUUAUGUAAGAUACUGUUUCUUAUUUUAGUAUAGUGCACCUGCUAGUUACAAUGUGGGUGAAUUAAAAAAAAAUGACCAAAUGCAUAUUUAUCAACCCACACUAAAAAUACAGGCAAUGAAAAUAGAUUUCUAUGUCUCAGCAUAUGUCUUUAGAUAGUGUCUAAAUACCUGCCAAAUAUCUCGUUGAUAUCUCAAUUAACAAAAAAGUUAUGCCCAAAAAUGAUGCUAAAAUUGUCAGGAGUGCAACACCUUUUUGUGACAUUUUGAAAUUUCAAUAUUUUUUAGAGAUCUGUGAAAUAAAAAACAAUGCUUCAUGUUAAAAAUAAAGACUUUCCUGAUAAUAUUCAAAGUAUUGAGCUUUAAAUGUGGACUGUCAUAACUUUUGUUUAAUAAAGUUGUAGUCAUGGCUAAUGUUCAAAAAAAUGUUAUACCAUGUCAGGAGUGCAACAGAAAAAAUGUAGUGUUGCCAAUAAAACAUCAAUUGUAAAAUUCUGAUAGAAAAUUGAGACAAAAUAGAAUUUUGGAAUUGUAAAAUAAUAACUGAUAUACAUUUUAAAACUUAAAAAUGUUAUAUAAAUCACAAGCAGCAUUAAUGAGAGUUAAGUAUAUGUGCAUACCCAAAAAUGUCAGGAGUGCAACAUUUGAUGUUUUGCUCCCAAGCAUGAAAGAACUAUUAUCAUUAAAUGAUUUUCUGAUUUUUAUUUUGGAAAAUAGAGACACAAAGAACAUUUUUACCAAAUAGAUUUAUCAAUUACAGGAUCUAUCUGUGCUUCAGGUCCAUAUUUCUAUGGUCAGGAGUGCAACACAUUUUUUUAAAGAUUCAAGUUGUGUGUCGAAAAGACUUCU